AUGUCAGGAGUGUCUCCCUCUCGCUUCUCUCUCACCCUUGAUGAUUCUCAUGAUCCGUGGCCAGAUUCUUGGGACGCAGAUUCCCAUCAUUUCAAAAGAGAUGGCAAUCCAAACAUCUUUAUUUAUGCACCUCCGGGUACUGCUUCCGAUCCCUCAGAGGGAAGACUAUCAUUCCCGGAGGAAAACAUUAGGACCAUAGCACCGUCGGACUUACACCCUGGUCUCACGCCCGAUCCUCUUGAUCCUUCCAUCCAGGAGACCAGCCCCGACCAUAUGGAUGAGGCUGAGGAUGAGGAUAUGGGUGAGGCUGAGGAUGAGAUUGAGGACAAGGAUGGGAUUGUAAUUGAGGAUAAGGCUGAGAAUGAGGAUGAGGAUGAGUAUCCAUUGGUGUUACCAGUCUACUUCGCCUGGGUAACUUGA